CCCUAAAAAUUCAAAUCAAAUUACUUUAUCAGUUUAUCUGGACCAGCAAGAAGCAGAAUCUGGAGUGGAAGUAACAAUUACUUUCAAAAGCUGACACUACCCCCCCCGUUCAUCUCCCUCAAUCCAACGGCUCAAAAGUCAAAACCCUCCAAGGUUUAAAUUAAUACCCAAGUCAGUCGUCGAUCGCUAUUCCAUUUCUUCAACAGGAGGAACAUUCAAUUGGUUUCCAACGAAAAGAUUUGUACUUUCUGACAAUUUAAGCAGUCUCUUCAAUUGGGUCGGCAGGAAAAUCUUCUGGGUAUGUUUGGAUAGCGAGAAAAUUGCCGAGAAAAUUACAGAAUGCCUGUGUCGACUCGGUCCCAGACCAACUCAGUGGAGAGAAGCAAACCCGGUCCAGAUCAAGAACCGAGCCACGCGAAUCUUCCGCUAAGGAACCCACAUCAUGGAUUGAAGGAAAAGAUGAGAGCUUUGACGCUGCUCUACGAGCAGCAGAAGCAGGCCGCGGCGGCGCUGAGGAACCCGAAUCCGAAAUCCGAUCCGGAGCAGCUCCGAUUCGCGAGCCACCCGAGCGUCGAGCUUCUCGGUUCUUGUAAAAAGGAGGAGAGAGAAGAACCGAAGCAGGGGAGCCACCACGUGAUGAGAGAGAACAACAGCAACGCAAUGCACAACUCCACCGUUACCAGAACUUACGUUCUGCCACAGCCGCCGCCGACCCACGCCAAGGAGAAUGUGGCGGCUGCGGGAUUAAACGACCGGAUUCUCAGCUUUACUUCGUGUCCAAGAAAGGCCAAGGCUUCAACCCCGGUGGCGAGGAGGCUGUCAAUGGGAGGUCACGUGCAGCACGUGCCGGGCCGCCGCGGGAGUCCAGGUGGGGUGGCUGAGGGGGCUAGGAAUGUGCAAGAAUCGGAGACCCCUUCGGUUUCGGAGACACCCACGAGUCGAAUUCUUGUGUUUGUUAGGCUGAGGCCGAUGGCCAAGAAGGAAAGGGAGGCGGGUUCCAGAUGCUGCGUUCGAAUUGUGAACCGGCGGGAUGUUUACUUGACGGAGUUUGCGAACGAGAACGAUUAUCUGCGGCUGAAGAGGCUCCGGGGACGGCAUUUCAUGUUCGAUGCUUCUUUCCCUGAUUCCACUUCUCAGCAAGAAGUUUAUUCCACCACUACAGCUGAGCUUGUGGAGGCAGUUCUGCAGGGGAGGAAUGGAUCAGUAUUCUGCUAUGGUGCCACUGGAGCUGGAAAAACAUACACAAUGCUCGGCACGCUGGAGAAUCCGGGAGUGAUGGUUUUGGCAAUCAAGGACCUCUUCACCAAGGUAAGGCAGAGGAGCUGUGAUGGAAACCAUGUGGUUCAUCUGUCCUAUCUUGAGGUCUAUAACGAAACCGUGAGGGAUCUGCUCUCCCCCGGAAGGCCUCUUGUACUUCGAGAAGACAAACAGGGAAUAGUGGCAGCCGGUCUUACACAAUACAGAGCUUAUUCCACCGAUGAAGUUAUGGCAUUACUUCAGCAAGGAAACCAAAACCGAACUACUGAACCAACUCGCGCUAAUGAAACUUCCUCACGGUCCCAUGCCAUUUUGCAGGUUGUGAUUGAAUACCGAGUAAAAGAUGCUUCUAUGAAUGUGGUCAACCGAGUAGGGAAGCUCUCACUAAUUGAUCUUGCCGGGUCAGAGAGAGCCCUUGCCACGGACCAGAGAACAGCUAGAUCUCUUGAGGGUGCCAAUAUAAAUCGGUCACUCUUAGCACUGAGCAGCUGCAUCAAUGCUCUUGUGGAAGGAAAGAAGCACAUACCUUAUAGGAACUCAAAGUUAACCCAACUUCUUAAGGAUUCUUUAGGAGGAGCUUGUAACACUGUGAUGAUCGCGAACAUCAGCCCAUGCAAUCUCACCUUUGGUGAAACCCAAAACACGCUUCAUUGGGCAGAUCGAGCAAAGGAAAUCAGGACUAAGGCGUGCGAGGUGAACGAGGAGACACUGCAAUUACCGGAAACUGAUACUGAUCAAGCCAAGCUAUUGCUUGAAUUACAGAAAGAGAAUCGUGAACUGCGAGUACAACUUGCACACCAGAAACAGAAGCUAUUAGUUGUCCAAGCACAAUCCUUUGCUGCAAAUGCCUCUCCAACGCCUUCUUCGGUUACAUCCCUCUUGACUCCUCCAACUUCUGCCCAAGCAAAUGACAAGCGGAAACCCAGACCCUCUUUCUUGACCCGGACUUGCUUCACACCAGAGUCCAAGAAAAGAGGGGCUGAGGAAGCAGUUAAAGAUCUUCGCCGGACUGUAAAGACAUUGGAGGCAGAAAUAGAGAGGAUGAAGAAAGAUCACACUUCACAGCUAAAGCAGAAAGAUGAUAUCAUUCGUGAGCUUUUGAGGGAAAGUGAGAAAACACCAGGAGCAGGGAGGGAGGGUGGGGAAAAGAGGGCGGUGACAAGGACUAGCGUGAGACCGCAGGAGCCGAGCACAAAGAGGAUCGUUACAAGAGCUAGCAUGAGAAAACAGGAGCCAAGCAUUGGUGAAUUGAAGAGCCCAAGUCACCGUUUCAGGUCACCAGUCCCAACAGCUAAAAAACGAAGCUUUUGGGACAUAACAACUGCAAACAGCCCAUCAGCUGCUACAUUAAAUGGAAGAAAAACUAGAAGCCAUGUCAUUUCUGAACCUGCUGCAGCUCCCUCCAUGCUUCUUCAGCUUGCCUAUCCAUGUUUCUGGUUUGUGAUAUUUUUUGGACCGCACAUCAUCAAUUGUGCCCCAUUCAGCCAGGUUUUGCACGACAAAAGCCCGAGCGUUUGAAGUAACACGGGAGGGAGAUGGUAGAAGAAAAGAGAGAAAAAACUACUUAGGUCAAUCUGGAAGAUGGAAAGACGAUGGCAUUCUGGCAAAAGCACUUCCUACCAGCAAUAUUUUCUCUGACGGAUCGAGCCCGUAGUUCAACAUGGAAGAAAAAUUGUAACUUUGUAGGUGGCGCUGCUGUUACUUGUAUGCCAUCUUUCGUCAUACGAUUUCAUUUGUGGAGUUUGCAGAACAUAUUCCAUUAGUUGUUUUCAAUCUUCAGAGUUGUCCAUUAUUUAUUCCAAAUCAAUAAACUUCAGUCUGUAAAUUCGCAGUAA